GUGGAUACGACGAACACGACGGUGACAAGGCGGCGCUGUGCUGCGCCGGCCGGCCGGCGAUGUCAUCGACCCCGCCGCCGCGAGAUCUCCAGCGCCACGACCCCGCCGCCCCGCCCACGCGAGAUCUCGCCGGCCUCGCCCUCGCCGCCGAAAGAUCUCGCCGGCCACGCCCUCGCCAUGCCGCUCACGCGGCGUCGCCCUCAGGCCAGUCGCCGGACCACCGCAGCUCAUCAUCCACAUCCACCUGCAAGGACUUCCUGCGCAAGUUCGUGGACAACGAGCUGCUGACAGCGAGCCUGGAGGACUGGUUCACCGGGAACACCCAAGACAGCGGGUUCCAGAAACCAUCCUUCGACGUCCCCUUCGACCUCACCGAGCUGCAGAGCUUCGACUACGCGCUGGAGGGCGUCACCUUCCAGCAGCUGGUCAGGAUGCCGAACGCGCUGCACGCGUCCACAUCCGACGCGUUCGAGGCCACCGCGCACCUCGCGCUGGAGGACUUCCUGCACGCGGGCAUCAAGGGGCUGUGGGAGGCCUUCUGGGGCCCCGAGGAGGCCAUGCCCUUCUCCGUCGCCUGCAUACACAGCACCAGCUCCAGGUUCUACCCCGCCGAGAAGGCCAUCGGCAGCGGGAAGCUCGACGGCGUCUGCGCCACGGCCGUGCUGCUCAAGAACUCCAAGCACUCGCAGGGGAGGUGGGACCACAUCGUCGUGCUGACUCUGCUGAGGCCUGAUGUUGGGAUGGUCUCGGCGCAGAGCGACCAGCACCCGUCGCCUGCUGUCCUGGGGGAGGCGCUGUUCUUCGCGCUCCGCGUGUUGCUCUCUCGCAGCCUCAGCAGGUCCUCCACCGUCCUCCGGAAUUCGGACUCUGUUUACGUGCUGCUGGUGGAUUCGCAGUUUGGAGGGGUGGUAAAUGUCCAGGGGGAUCUCAACAGGCUGAGUUUUGAUACCAACAAUGUUUAUGAGUGUGCCGCUGAUUGGAUAAAAAAGGAUGCCAGGAUUACGGUUUCUUCCGUGGAUCGAGUAUGGAAUAAACUUGGGAAUGCCAACUGGGGAGAUGUUGGGACCCUUCAAGUCCUCCUUGCGGUUUUCCGCUCGAUGAUCCAGUUCUGUGGAGAACCAAAGUAUUCUCUUGAUGAACUAGCCACGGAGCACAGUUCCCGGCUGCAGAGUCGAAGAUCAGAGAGACACUUGGUUGACAGGCAAUCUAAUGGAAAUGGUGUGUAUCGGUACCAGCAACGAAGUCAUUCUCCUGAAAUUGUUGAAGUACAGGAGGAAGGCACUGUUGAUGUAAAACCUGAUGAAAUCUUGAAGCUUGAGAUAGGGUCCAUUGUUUUGAUGGAGGUCUCUAACUGCCAGAAGGGUUUUCAAAUCAACGAUAUCCGAACAGAAAGCGAGCCUCCUAUUUAUGGUGCUAUUCCUGUGGAAGAGCCUACCAAAUCCUAUUUGCUGUAUGUAGGUUCCAGUCCUUCUCAUCUAGAGCCAGCAUGGGAGAAUAUGAAUUCCUGGUACCAGGUUCAGAGGCAGACCAAAGUGCUGACUUUGAUGAAGCAAAGAGACAUUUCUAGCAGAUACAUACCGCAGAUGGUAGCUUCUGGACGUGUGGUCCAUCCAGGCCCUUGUAACAAGCCAAACUCCAGCGGGAGUUGUGGUCAUCCGUUGUGCGGUACUCCAAUCCUUGUCACCUCACCAGUUGGUGAAACCAUUUCAAAUCUGAUACGGAACGGAUUGUUUGGUGUUGAGGACGCUCUCAGAUGUUGCCAUGACUGUUUGUCUGCUCUUGCUGCUGCAUCAUCUGCAGGAAUCCGUCACGGUGACAUCCGGCCAGAGAAUGUGAUCCGUGUCAGCAAUGGCUCAAGGAGUCCACAUUUCGUACUUAUUGGAUGGGGUCAUGCUAUCCUGGAAGAUAAGGAUCGGCCUUCAAUGAAUCUAUUCUUCUCAUCUACAUUUGCGCUCCAGGAAGGCAAGCUUUGUGCAGCAUCUGAUGCCGAAAGUUUGAUUUAUCUCUUAUAUUUCUCGUGUGGGGGAGUCUGCCCAGAGCUUGACUCGGUUGAAGGUGCACUUCAGUGGAGGGAGACAUCAUGGUCAAGGAGAGUUAUACAACAGAAGUUGGGUGAUGUCGCAGCGGUGUUGAAAGCAUUCGCGGAUUAUGUUGACAGCCUCUGCGGGACCCCAUACCCAAUGGACUAUGAGAUAUGGUUACGAAGGUUCCGAAGAACAAUCAAUGAAGAUCAUGGGAAGGAGGUUGAUACAUCAAGUUAGUACUGCAACACAUGCUCUUCCAAAUUGCAACAUGGAAGAUCAAGAACAGUGUUCCAUACCCUGUAUUGUUGUUGUAGAUAAUUUAUUUGUAGAAUUGUAGGUCUUGUGAAAGGUCCAUAGCUCAUAGUACCCUUCUCGGUCUUGCUCGGGUACUUUCAAACUUACAAUCUGGCAACCUGCUGCUGCUCUCAACUUGGAUCUCCUGACUGCAUUGCCCCCACAAGAAUGCAGCAGAGAUCCUUGAGGAUAUCUGCAACAGGAAGUGUGCUAGAAACACUCUUCUCUAAGCCGGCGAGCUGCGCUGCGGUUGAUCUCAGAGAUUCUAUGUUAGUUUACUUGGUCUGCCUGGACAUAUGGACUGGUUUAUCCUGAUCUGUGCCAAAAAUGUUAGAACUUAAAAGGGUGGUAGGCAAGUGUGGAUCUCAAGUGUGCGUGCGGUAUAGCUGGCUGAAUUUUUUUGCUCACAUUUUCUUUUUGAGAUAACACCUGAAUGGAUUUGUGAAUUGUGAUUAGAGGUGGUGUACUGGUGCAGCAUAGUUAGCAGCAUUUUGUUCUGACUAAAUUAUUUUUUUGGUGAGAGGGUGCGGUGGUUAAGUGGGCCAAGUUCAUGUAAA